GGAAGUUUAUAUGUCGUGAAUUUUCGCUCGCAACGCGUACACUAAAGUAUCGACAGGUGACAAUGACUCCUGUCAAAAUGAGCUUCUCUCUUUUGUCUAUUUUGGUCGUUGGUAUUCUUGCCAAAGGAAUCAGUGGUGGUGUUCUGAACACGCGAAUAAUCGGUGGUGAAAAUGCCAAAAUUGCUGAGUUUCCUCAUCAAGUAUCAUUGAGAUACCAAAAUCGUCAUUAUUGUGGCGGCACGAUCAUCAGUACGAAACAUAUUUUGACAGCUGCUCACUGUAUCAUCGAGUUCGUACAGCAGGAUUAUCCUUUGAAGGAUCUGACCGUUAUUACCGGAACUAACAGUCUGGCAACAGGUGGCGACACCUACGGGAUACAAAAUCUAACUUAUCAUAGCAGCUACGAUGACAGUGCCAGUUCAACCUGGCGCCAUGAUAUCGCCAUCAUUAGGCUCAGUACGGAACUGACUGUCAGUUCAAGCCAAUCAAUCAUUUCGUUACCGACAGAGGAUGCACCUACUGACGUAGAUGCUACUGUCAGUGGAUGGGGUCGCGUAUUGUACCCUAGCUACUCUUCGCCAACAUCCUUACAAAAAGCUAGCGUUACGCUUCUCAACAACACAUAUUGCCAAUCGUUUGUUAACUUAGCGAUAUAUGAUUCCCAUCUCUGUGGACUUCAAGAAUACGGCAUUGGCGUUUGUAGUGGUGACAGCGGUGGUCCUUUAAUUUACAAUAAUACGAUUGUUGGUAUUGUAUCUUGGGGAUAUGGCUGUGCUAUUGGUAUGCCUGACGGUUACACAAGAGUAUAUUCAUAUCUGGAUUACAUUAAAACAACGAUGCUUGAAUUAGCAUAGAAUAGAAUAGGUUAAAGCAUUGGUAAAACCUAAGAGCUAAAAUAUAUGAUAACUGUCAGAGUGUUAUUGAUAAUUCAAAACGACUUUGAUAAUGGUAUCAUUUUCCGAAAACUCAAAAGUGUUUCAAAAGAUAAAUGGGUAUAUUUCACACUAUACCAUAUAUCAUAUGUAUACCACGUAUUGUCUAUAGUACUAAGUUACUUGAUUUUAUAUUGAUAAAUUCUGUGAAUAAUACAAAAUUUUAUGGCACGUAGAUACAAUGUGUGAUCUCGUUGACUGAUGUUAUUAUCUGAAGUAUCAAGAUAGAACAUGAUAAUAUAUUGCUGAUAUAUCAUUAUAAAUGAAUAAUCUAAUCAAUUAUCUGUCAGGAAUAAACGGUGAUAAUUGCCUUGCGAUGAAAGUUACUGAGAUUCCUUAGUCAUGCUCAAUAAAAUCGAAUGUAUAAUGUUCCAGGAGUUGAAUACUCUAAUGUGUUAGGGCGAACGCGUGAGGUACUUAUCUAUAUAUAUUAAGGUUUAUUAUAAUGGUGGCUACGUAAAUACUUGUUUCAUGGGGUUACUGUUUCUUUUAUAAUUACCUUAAUGGUGGCUGAAGUAAUAUCGUUAAGAAAACUAGGCUGCACAAGUCGUGUCUGUUCCCUGUCGAUUAUUUCAUACGAGCUAACUACGUCAGAUAUCGAUUAGAAAAUUGUAGAGAUUCAAUUAAAUUAUGGUAAAUCACUGGAUGGAAGGUAAAUGUAUAUUGUCUUUGGUUUGGACGUAAUUACACGGAUUAUUAUGAGAUUCUGUUCGCAGUCAAUAAAUGUUAAUAUAUGUUUCA